AUGCUACAGCAAAUCAAGCUACGGGUGGACACGCUUUGUGAUCGCGAUGUGGAUUUGGAAAAUUACGUUACGGCGCGGCUGGAGGCACAGCGGUCAAGCCGAGCGUUUUCAGAGAUAUCUGGCAAGUUGGAUGGUCAACAGAAAUACGCCGAGGGUCUUGAACGGGAUGUUAUUAUGCUUGAGCUGAAGCUGAAAGUCUUGGAAGCGUGUUGCUCGACCGAAAGGCGGAUCGACGAUUUCGUUAGUCAGACUUCACGUUCCCAACUGUAA